UUCCUAGCAGUUUCGACACGCCUGAAUCUACCAUUUCAAUGUGCAUUCCUGCGCAUGGACACUAGAUUCUUUCCGGUUGUGAAUCGCGUGCAGCACGAUGGGUAAACCCAGAGGUCUUCGCACCGCGCGUAAGCACGUGAAUCACAGACGCGAGCAGCGAUGGAACGAUAAAGACUACAAAAAGGCACACUUGGGAACUAGAUGGAAGGCUAACCCUUUUGGUGGCGCCUCUCACGCUAAAGGCAUCGUCUUGGAAAAAGUAGGAGUCGAGGCCAAACAACCCAACUCUGCCAUUCGUAAAUGCGUCAGGGUACAGCUGAUUAAGAAUGGAAAGAAGAUUACAGCCUUCGUACCGAGGGACGGUUGUCUCAACAACAUCGAGGAGAACGACGAAGUUCUAGUGGCGGGCUUCGGUCGUAAAGGCCAUGCUGUCGGUGACAUUCCUGGAGUACGGUUCAAGGUGGUGAAGGUCGCGAACGUUUCUCUGCUUGCUCUUUACAAAGAGAAGAAGGAGCGACCUAGAUCGUAAAGCAUCAAUCUCCAGAGAUGUAUUGACAAAAAAUAAAGUUAACGUCCUAUAUU